ACGCCCGCAACCGCAAACGCUAGCUGGAACCAGCUUUUGAAUUUAUGAGGUUCAGAGCGAUUUGGAGCGCUUUGGAGCGGUUUAGAGCGGUUUGAGCGAUUGUUGCAAAACGCCAGCAACCGCUACCAACCGCAAAAGCUGCGUUUGCGGGUGGUAGCGGGAAAACCAGUCAUACCCUUAGUCGGUAGCUAAUGAUAUGUCUUUUUUUAUGAGUCCCUCUCUCUCUCAUGGUUUUUAUUUGACAUUUACAAAUUACAAAACUAAUAAUACUAUAUGUUAAGCAAACCGUAAUGUCACGUUGUUAUCUUCCAAUUUUAUAGUAACAAAGGAUAUAUCACUGAAAUUUCUCAAAACUCCAACUGUUUCCAGCCAAUAAAAGAAAGCACACAUGUCGACAUUAAUCAUUUUAUCGUCUUUUAAUUUAUUAUAAAUUAACUAGAGACCCCUUGGUCCGCCUAUUCAGAUCUAUGUCUCUUUCUCUCUCUCUAUCUCUCUAUACACAAAAGACCAAUCUUUCAAACACUAUAGACUCUCUCCCUCUUGUGACCCAAAAAAAAAAAAAAAGACUCUCUCCCUCUCUUCUUCCUUCAUCUUCUCCAUGUGCUUCUCAAGAUAAAAGCUUGACCCAAUUAUACUUACAUGAUUUUUUCUUUCAAAAAAACAAAUCAUUUUCUUCAUUUUCUAUUGCUUAUGAAAUCAAAGGAUAGUAUUUUUUAUAGUACUCUGAAACCCUAAGUUUUACACACAAAAAAAAAAAGAAUAAGCAGAAGCGAUGACUAGUAGUGUCGAGGAAUCUCUGUCGUUAGAUUACCUAAACCUUUUAAUCAACGGUCAAGCUUUCUCUGACGUCACUUUCAGCGUCGAAGGCCGUCUGGUCCACGCUCACCGCUGCAUCCUUGCUGCACGUAGCCUCUUCUUCCGCAAAUUUUUCUACGGAUCUGAUCUUCCACAAACAGGAACCAGUUCAGCUUCAGGAGCCAGAGUGGCCUCAGUGGGAGGAGUCGUACCGGUUAACUCUGUAAGUUACGAAGUUUUCUUGCUUCUACUUCAGUUCUUAUACAGUGGUCAAGUCUCACUCGUACCGCAUAAGCACGAGUCAAGAUCAAACUGUGGAGAUAGAGGAUGUUGGCACACGCAGUGCACUGCAGCCGUUGAUCUCUCCUUAGAUAUCUUAGCUGCCGCUCGUUAUUUUGGAGUUGAGCAGCUCGCGUUGCUUACUCAGAAACAUUUGACAAGCAUGGUGGAGAAAGCCUCCAUUGAAGACGUGAUGAAAGUACUAAUAGCUUCAAGAAAGCAAGACAUGCAUCAGUUAUGGACCACAUGCUCCUACCUAGUCUCCAAAUCUGGUCUUCCAACAGAGAUUCUAGCCAAACAUCUCCCAAUCGAACUCUUAGGCAAGGUUGAGGAGCUUCGUCUCAAAUCAUCCAUACCUCUACGUUCUCUAAUGCCUCACCAACAUGACCAAAACUCGGCUCUAAACCUAGAGGACCAGAAGAUCAAGAGGAUGAGACGAGCAUUAGACUCCUCGGAUUUUGAGCUAGUAAAGCUUAUGGUUAUGGGAGAAGGACUCAAUCUAGACGAGUCAUUAGCUUUGUUUUACGCGGUGGAGAAUUGUAGUAGAGAGGUUGUGAAGGCACUUCUUGAGCUUGGAGCAGCUGAUGUGAACCAUCCGGCAGGUCCCACCAGGAAAACCGCACUCCACAUCGCAGCAGAGAUGGUCUCUCCGGAUAUGGUGGCCGUGUUACUUGACCACCAUGCUGAUCCAACCGUUCAGACAGUUGAUGGUAUCACUCCUCUUGACAUCCUUAGAACCCUAACUUCAGAUUUUUUGUUUAAGGGGACAAUUCAUGGAUUGACUCACAUUGAGCCUAAUAAGCUCAGACUUUGUCUCGAGCUGGUCCAGUCUGCUGCAAUGGUGAUUUCUCGAGAAGAAGGGAACAAUAACAAUAACGUUAACAACACCGUGAUCUACCCUAGGAUGAAAGACAAACGGGUAAAGGGGAGUAGUUUGGAUUCAAGAUUGGUUUAUCUUAAUCGUGGAGCUACAAAUCCGGAUUUUGGAGAUGAACAUGGCAAUCAGACGGAAGAAACGAGCCUGCAUCAUCAUCAUUAUCAUGACCCGUCAACGAUGUAUCAUCAUCAUCACCACCACCACUUCUAGGUUUUCUUCUAAGACGAUCAUUUUCUAGUUACGAUAAGACAUAUUGAAGAACUAGUUAAUUUUUGGUUGUGGUCUUUUUCUAUGUGAAUAUAUGGACAUGCCACACAUGCCAACAAAUGUAAACGUUUAUUCCAUGAAAAGUGAAAGGAAAUGAGAAGACAAGGAGGCCACAAACAAAAGGGCCAUAUACUUAUGUUGAAUAUAAAAACAACAACAAUUUAUUUGUUUUUGGAAUCAAUGAAGCCUUUUAUAAAAAAAAAGAGACACUAAAAAUAGUUUUGACCAUAUAUAUACACUAGAUUCGGAUUUAUGCAUCGCGGAAGUAACUGUAUAACAAAACAAAACAAAAAUA